AUGAAUUGUAUUGAAUACAUUUCACUUCAUAUUUUAAUUGCACAUAAGUUUUCCAGGUCAGGAUCUGUACGCCUGUGUAUCAUUACAAUGAACACCAGUGGGUCUGUGGAAUAUUUCAUCCUGGAUGGACUCAAGGAUAAAGUCGUACUUCCCAUCUUCUUCACUGUCUAUGUUUCUGUUCUAAGUGGAAACAGCAUGAUCAUAUACCUUGUUAGAACUGACCCAAAACUCGACACUCCUAUGUAUUUUUUCCUUCACAAUUUGUCCUUUUCUGAUAUCGUGUACACAUCGGUAACCAUUCCUAAAAUGCUGUCAGUUUUCCUUACAGGGGACAAGACCAUUUCCAAAACUGGAUGUUUUAUGCAGAUACACUUUGUUCUCUGGAUGGGACUGACAGGUCGUGGUUUGCUGACUGCAAUGGCGUUUGACCGCUAUGUAGCAAUCUGUAACCCUCUACGGUACACGGCUAUCAUGACCAGAAAGCUGUGUGUUCUGUUGAUAUUUGCUUCAUGGACUUAUGGGGCCCUUAUAGUUCUGUCCCCAGUUAUUUGGGCAACUCAGUUGCCGUACUGCGGACCUAAUGUUGUUAGGCACAUGUUCUGCGAUCACUCUUCUGUUCUGACCCUUGCUUGUGUCGACACAACUAGAAAUAGCAUUUUCGCCCUAAUUCUUGCCCUAACUGGACUUCUCACCACAUUCCUUCUCAUCUUAAUUUCAUAUGUGUAUAUUGGGAAAGCUAUGAGAAGAAUGAACAUGGCACAGAAGCUUAAAGCUGGGGCGACUUGUGUGUCACACUUGAUAGUGGUGUUUAUCUCAUAUUUCUCUGCCUUCUUUGUGUACAUCUCAUACAGAGUGUCUAAAUUUGACCCUGAUGUCCGCUUAAUGAUUGCUUUGCUGUAUUCCGUCCUGACACCCUUGCUGAACCCCAUCAUUUACAGCUUGAGGAAUAAAGAGCUGCAAGAUGCAAUGAAGAGAGCAUUUUAUAGAUGUGCCGUUCAUUCAAAAGUCACUAGGAAAACAGUUCCUUCUGUGGCUUAG